AUGUCCGUCCUCCUAGAAACCUCAUUGGGCGACUUGGUUGUUGAUCUGGAAGUCGACUCAUGUCCAAAGACAUGUCAGAACUUUUUAAAGUUGUGCAAACUCUACUACUACAACCUUAACGCUUUCUUCAAUGUCUCGAAGGACUUCUUGGCGCAGGCUGGGGACCCGACAGCGACGGGGACAGGAGGCGAGUCUAUCUGGUCAUUGAUUGCCUCACAGCAAGGGAAACAAGAACCUCGCUACUUCAGCCCGGAAUACGUGCCACGCCUGAAGCACAAGGCGAAAGGUACUUUGUCUAUGGCGGUCGCACCGUCCAUCGAGGGUCAAGGCAAGGGCGGCUGUGGCAGCCAGUUUUUCGUGACGCUCGCGGAUGAGAUAGACUACCUGGACGGGAAGCAUGCAGUCUUUGGGCACGUUGUCGAGGGGCUAGACACGCUGGACAAGCUGAAUGAUGUCUUCGUUGACCAGGAGGGGCGGCCUCUCAAGGACGUGCGGAUACGGCAUGUAGAGAUUCUCGAUGAUCCGUUUGAGGAUCCUCCAGGCCUCGUGGUGCCCGAGUCAAUACCUACGCGCCCUCCAGACAAUUCCACGCGUAUAGCGGAAGAUGAAGAUCCUCUGGCCACUCUGCCUGAAGAGGAGGCGGAGGCAGAAAGACGAAAACAGGCAGCUCGCGCGUCCGCGCUGACGCUCGAGAUGGUUGGAGACCUGCCCUUCGCGAACGUGCGGCCUCCGGAGAAUGUGCUCUUCGUCUGCAAGCUGAACCCAGCUACCCGAGAUGAGGACCUGGAGCUCAUCUUCUCCCGGUUUGGUGCGAUUAUGAGCUGUCAAGUGAUCCGAGACAAGAAGACAGGGGACUCUCUCCAGUAUGCUUUCAUUGAGUUUGACAAGCGAGAGGAUGCCGAACAGGCGUAUUUCAAGAUGCAAAACGUGUUGAUUGACGAGCGGCGUAUCUGGGUCGACUUCUCCCAAUCGGUGGCCCGGCUGAACGGGGGAUGGUCUAACGACCCUCAGUUGGGGCCACGUCCCGUACGUGGUGGGAGGGGGCGUGGUGGCGGUGGCUUCGGAGGGAUCACCCAUUUGGAGGCGACUCGGCGAUACAGGGAGAGCUCUGCGGAAGACGGCGACCGCUACGGCUUGGUCUUCGAUGUCCCCGAUGACCGGCACAGCAGGCGCCGAAGCUCGAGCAAAGAACGGGUACCUCGCAGUGAUCAUUCCAGAGAACGCAGAAGGCGGUCACGUGGGGAGCGCGAUAGGGAGCACCGCAGAAGCCGCAGCAGGGACAGGCAGUCGAGGGGGCGGUACGAGCGCGCCCGGCGACGAUGA